UUCUUUAUGAAAUCGAAUGCGUCUCUGAAUUUGAAUCAGAUUGUCCUGUCAAAACCCUAAAACCCUUUCUUCAUUGUUGGAUCUAAAAAUCCAAACUCCAAGAGUUUGAUACCAAUAACACGUGAUUUCAAAAUUAGAGUGGGGGAAAGUACAAAUAUCAAAUACUUCAGGGACUGAGAAUGCAAUUAAACAACCCUUAGCAAAAACAAACAAAUUUCAUAAUUCCACCCGCAUUUCUCUCUCUAAAACACUCCCUUUUCUCUCUCUAAAAUCUCACUUCUAUCUCCGAGAAUUCGUAAUCUCAUCUCUUUCGCCAACAAUUAAUUAUUCACCAAUUUGGAAUCUGAAGCUUUUCCGAUACUGUGAAUUUUCAAUUCAUCGACAAGGUUCAUAGUUUAGCAGAUAAUGGUGCUCCCAAGAAAGUGUAGAAGUGUGAAUAACCGCUGUUCUUCGAUCCCUAAAUUAUCUCUUACCAAAGCUGGAGAUGGUGCUCAAAGAAGCAUCAGCAGGAGAAGAAAUUUGGCUGACAAACUUGGGCCUAAGUGGACCGUGAAAGAGCUAACUCGUUAUUACAACUCUUACUACAAGAACGGUAAAGAUUGGGAAAAGGUUGCCGAUGCUGUAAGAAAUCGAUCUUUGGAAAUGGUGGAGCCCUUUACACAAUGA